GCCCCCAGAGAGCCUGCUCCUCAUCCCACUGCCUGUCACUGCUGCUACAGGACUGACUCCUUCAGACCUGGCCCAUGAGGCCUCUCUCUAGAUCUGGGCCCUGCCCGUCGCGGCCUCAACCCUGCACUGGUUCCCUCCUCUCUUUGACGCCACAGAUGGGAUCCUUCUGCCUUGUCCUGAAGUACUCACCCUCAGGAUGUAAAUGCCCGCUGAGCCCAGCCCAGGCCCCAGAGUGCCCUGGCGCACAAGGCAGCCUAUCCAGAGACCCAGUCCAGCCCCCUCUUCGAGGCCUCCCUCUCAGCCUGACCCCUGCCUGUGCACCCUCGGGGAUCCUGGUUUGCUCCAAGCGGUAUCCACUGUAGAGACUCAUUCCCCUGAGCCUUGGCCCCACCCUUUCCUUCCUCCUCCUCCCUCCUCCCACCACCCCACCUCUCUGCACUGACCGGCUCAGUCUCAGUGCUGCGGGAAGAAUCGUAGGGCAAACCACCCCCUUGGAGAGCUGGUGAUGCUGGGAGGGAGCUGCGGGGACCCCCAGAAAAGCCACGAGGUGACCUAGGAUUCAGAACCCAGGAGCAUGACGCUUAAGGGGCAGGAGGCAGCUGGCCCGCCACGAACGACCCUGCUGCCCACAGCCAACGGCAGUGGGCCAAGCCAGGAGUGGGAAGGCCAUUGGCCGGAAGUCCCAGAGCGGUCUCUCUGUGUGGUGGGUGUCAUCCCUGUCAUCUACUACAGCACCCUGCUGGGCCUGGGGCUGCCUGUCAACCUCCUGACCACAGUGGCCCUGGCCCGGCUGGCCGCCAGGACCAGGAAGCCCUCCUACUACUACCUUCUGGCGCUCACGGCCUCGGAUAUCGUCACCCAGGUGGUCAUCGUGUUCAUGGGUUUCCUCCUGCAGGGGGCCGUGCUGGCCCGGCAGGUGCCCCAGGCUGUGGUGCGCUCGGCUAACAUCCUGGAGUUUGCCGCCAACCAUGCCUCAGUCUGGAUCGCCGUCCUGCUCACGGUCGACCGCUACAGCGCCCUGUGCCACCCCCUGCAGCACCGGGCCGCCUCGUCCCCAGGCCGGACCCGCCGGGCCAUCGUCACUGUCCUGGGCGCCGCUCUGCUCACGGGCAUCCCCUUCUACUGGUGGCUGGACGUGUGGAGGGACGUGGACCCCCCCAGCAUGCUGGACGAGGUCCUCAAGUGGGCUCACUGCCUCACGGUCUAUUUUAUCCCUUGUGGCGUUUUCCUGGUCACCAACUCGGCCAUCGUCUGCCGGCUGCGGAGGAGAAGCCAGAGUGGGCCGCGGCCCCGGGUGGGCAAGAGUACGGCCAUCCUGCUGGGCGUCAGCACGCUCUUCGCCCUCCUUUGGGCACCCCGGAUCUUCGUCAUGCUCUACCACCUGUAUGUGGCCCCCGUCCACCGGGACUGGAGGGUCCACCUGGCCUUGGACGUGGCCAACAUGGCCGCCAUGCUCAACACGGCGGUCAACUUCGGCCUCUACUGCUUUGUCAGCAAGACUUUCCGGGCCACCGUCCGAGAGGUCAUCCACGAUGCCCACCUGCCCUGCACACUGGGGUCACGGCCAGAGGGCGUGGUGGGGAACUCCGUGCUGAAGCCUCCAGGGCCUCCCAGAGGGGCAGAACAGUAGAGGCAGGGCCCGGCCCGGGUGCUUGCGGGUGGCUCAGGGCUGGAUUUACUGCUGCCUUUGUGCUGUGCCCACAAAACUUUGUCACCCCCCUCCUCUGCAAUCCGAGGGCGGGGCGGGGGAGGCUCCUUCCUGGGGGGGCGGCUCCCCAGGUGCGGGGGCAUCCAAUUUAUCCAGCUCUCCCAUUAGCCUCACCGGCAAUUCCCACUUCCUGGCGCAAGGAGAGGGCUCUGCUGGGCACAGGCUAAUAGCGUCAGCUGCUCUGGGCAUUCCUUCGGGAGGGACAGUUCACCCCGCACGUGAUGAAGGCUGGAUUAACGUGGCUUGGAUGAAUGAAUGAAGGGCAAGAUGGGUGGGUGGAUGGAUGGACAGACGGAGGGCUAAGAAUCAUUUCCAGCUCCACCCCUCCCCCACCCCCCAGAGCCUACCUCUCACUCCCUGAGUCAUCACUUCUCUGGCUUCUAGUGGCAAGGCCAGGAUGAAAGGAAGCCAUCGGUAGGAUCCCAGGUAUAUUCGAGGCUAGGGGACCCCAAUCUCUUGGCCCAGUAAGGUGGGGGGGGCUGCUUGGGAAAAGAGGUGAUCUUAAAGCAGACUAGAUGUCCCUGCCCUGGGGCAACACCACCCCUUGAGUCCUGCUUCCCUUCCACUUAACUCCCUGCCCUGGGGCCAGAACAGGGUCAGGGACCCAGAAUCGCCCUAGGGUUUUCAUUGUUGCUGCUCUGGAGACAGGAAGUGCCCUCUCAGCCCCAGGAGGGGGGAUGGGAAGGGAGGACUCAGCCCACUCCACUUGGAGGAGGGCCUCUUUCUCCACCACCGGGAGGAAGU